CUAGCACUUCACUAAUAUUUAAUAUAUAAAUAAUCCACUUCCAACCUCUUUUUCUUUAUUUGAAGGUUAUCAGUCUAAAUCAUUUCAGUGUCAAGUUUGACAUUUUUAAAAUAAUAUGUAUUUAAAAACUUCAAUAAUGUACACAGAAAUGCAAUCUAUUUUACUCUCUUACCUCAACUGUAUUUAGAAGAUCUUACCACUUUUAGCAACAGUUUUGAAAAAUUUGAAAAAGUCAAAACAUUACACAAAAGUUUCUCAGCACAACAAUUAAUUCUACCUUACUUUAAAUUUUACGUUAUUAAACACAUAUCGUUUAAAACAAUCAUGAAAAGCAACAGCUUUUUUUUAUUAUUAGAAUUGAAUAAUGCAGCAACAUAAAAAUAUUAAUUUAAGAAAAAAAUAAAAAUAAAAAUUACAAAAGAAUUUGCGUUAAAUGGUCAAAAGAAUAUGUGAUGCAUUGUUAAUUGCAGUUGAAUAUUCGCGCACAAAUAUUUUAUAUAUACAUAUAUAAUUUCAACGAUCCUAUGUCCGUCGCGGAACAAUUUUCGGCAAUUAAAUAAACAAACUGAAGAUUUCAAAAUGUCCAGUGCAAACUACGAAUUCGAUAUUAAAUAUGGUAUAUUAAAUUCAAGAACCCCAAGGCAUUCGCUAAUUUCAGCCCGAUACAAGCAAAGUUUUGCCUACUUCGUCUUGCGCUACAGACUUCCACAUAAUUUAGCAGAAAUAAUCCUUAAUUUGUCAGAGAAUUUGGAUAUUUUAGUGUCACAAAAUGGCGAGGAAUCUCGAGGGGACUUUGCAAAGGUAAUUUAUAGAAUAAAUCAAUUAAAAUACCGAUUGGAGCAUGAUGGACCCUUUCAUCAAUUUUCUGGAGCUGAGCCAGAUAAAGAAUUUUGGAACAACUUCCUGUUAAAUCUUGAGGAAGGGCAAAAUACUUUCUUCAGUACAUGCUUUCUUUAUGCCGAAUGUUAUGUUUUUCGCCGUUUGAUAUGCUAUUUAGAAAACACAAAAACUUUAAAAGCAUUCGACUACUACGUUGUGAAAAAACAUAAAUCCCUAAUAGCAUUUUUAUCGACAAUAGAAAUUAUACUGUUUGGAAUACGUACCGUGCAGACUUCUGAUGAUGUAUUACGGUUCCUUUUAAGGCUUAAUCUUUGGGGUAAUCAAUGCGAUAUAUCUGCUGACACAGAAAAAUACAACGUAAAACGCAAAGGACCAUUUGAGCACUUACGAGCUUAUGAGAAGAAUAUAAUAAUUGAUAGUACAACUUCGGUUAUCAAUUCUUUUAAAUCGGCGGAUCACACUAAGCCCGUACAAGUAGAUUUCAUUUGCGACAACGCUGGUUACGAGUUGGUUGUAGACUUCAUACUGGCUCAUUAUUUGCUGGAAUCGAAACUGGUAGACAAAGUCCGUUUUCACAUGAAAGCAGUUCCUUGGUUUGUAACGGAUGCAACAAUCACAGAUUUCCUUUGGACUCUUCAACAAUUAAAAAAACAGGCUGGGCGUUGCACACAAGAAUACGCCAGAAUAUGGCUCCAAAACUUGAAUGAAGGUAAAUUUGAAGUUGCAGAGGCUGAUUAUUUUUGGACAAGUCCAUAUGAAUUUUACAGAAUGCGCGAUGUACGUCCAGAUUUAUAUGAAAAACUUACUCAUGCUCAUAUGAUCAUUAUUAAAGGUGACUGUAACUACAGAAAACUAAUAGGGGAUUUUCGUUGGGAUGCCUCGGAGCCGUUCAUAACUUGUAUUAGGGGUUUUCAGCCAGCUAAUAUAUGUAGUUUACGAAUUGUAAAAACUGAAAUUAUUUGUGGCAUGAGUCCAGGAAAAAAUGAAGACUUGGCAAAAAAGAACAAAGAUUGGAUGCUGAGUGGUGAAUAUGGCACCAUACAGUUUAUAGAAAAAAACUACUGUGGUUGCCCAAAUACCACACCAGACUCUCUAGAACACAGUACGCUUGGGCAACAAUAUAUGUAAUCGUGUUUUUCAAGAUGUGUUUGAUCUCAGGUGACCCAUAUUUGCUUAGAAAUCAAGGAAACCCAAAUUGUAGCAAUGUAUAAAUAAAUUCUACUCCAUAACCACCCCUACGUAAUUUGAAUUUUUUAACCUUUCGUAAGAUGGUAAAAGUAGGAAGAGUAGUAUCAAUACUAGGAUUUCUAUAUCAAUACAUACAACAAAACAUAUAACACUGCUAAAAAAAAAACAAUUUUCUAAUUCUUGA